UUGAACGUUUUACGUGUUAACUCCAACCACUUUUCGUGUUUGUAGUUUUAUUAAAUAAAUUAAUUAAUAUUUGCAACGAACCAAUAUAAAUAAGAGUCGCAUGAUAAUCAAUAGCUGCAACAGCUGAUGUAGUAUAACAGAGUGUAAUAUUACCUUUGAAAUGUAAUGAAUUACAGACUGAGCGAGUGGUUAAACAUAUAUGUAUUUAGCUUUGCGUCCUUUAUAUACAUUGAUCAUCAAGAUUUAUCAGAAUGAGCACGUCACAGGACGAAGACGAGCGUAGAAAACGUUCGCUGCAAGCUGGUAGAGAGAUAUUGGAGCAAUAUAAGGCAAGUCGGUUCAAUAAAAGCAAAACCAAAGCCACAAGCGAACAUAUGGAACCACAGUCUGACAACGAAUCGUUUAGUAAUGAAAAAUCUAUAUUGCAUACAGAAUCUGGUACAAAUGAAAGUAUAUUUUCAAGAGAUGUAACACACAGCAGUGUUAGUAUAAGUGAAGGAGAUUUGGAAGGAUUAGCAGGUCGAGUUGCAGAAUUAGAAGAAUUACUGCAGGGAAAAGAAGCUGUAGUUGGAGCUUUAAAUGCAGAAAUAGAUCAUUUGCGAGCUGAGACAUCAUCUCCAAACUCAUCACAUAGUCAGAGUAGCAGUACAAAAGAUGGAAAAGAGAUUACAUUCUUAUAUCAUACAAAACUGCAAGAAUUUGAAAAAGCAGUAAAUCAACGUGACACUCUAAUAGAGCACUUGACAACAUCUUUAGAACAAGCAUUAUCUGCCAGAGAUGCUGUCACAGCACAACUUAAUGCUUUGAAUAUUGAAAAGUUGACCAAUCCUGUGGUAGAUAAUAUGAACUUGCAGCAAAAGAUUGAAAUUUUGGAAACGACAAUGAGUGACCAAGAGGCAGUGAUCCAUCGUUUAAAUGCACACUUGACAGAUAUUCGUAAGCAUGUACAAACACUGGAGAUGGAAAGAGAAACACGAAAUGCAGAAAUCAAUGAUUACAAAAUGCAGAUAAAUAAUCUUAAUGAGCAGAUCCGUUAUGGAGCUGCCGAGAAGAAUUUAAACAUUGAUGAAACUUUGAAGCAACAGAAGCAAUAUGAAGCACGUGUUGAUAAAAUCAAACAGGACAUGGAACAUAUUUUAAACAAAUUCACCACUGUAACGAAUGCGAAUGCGAUACGUCAUCAGCAAGAGUUAAAGGAUUUAGCUUUAAAAAACGAAACUGAAAUCGCGAAUACAAAAGCCAAGUAUGAAGAAUGUAUAAAAGCACUGAAGGACGAAAAUAAAAUGUUAGCCGAUCGUUUGAACAAGGAAUUGCCAGACUUGGAAAGCAAGCAUGCCAAAGAAUUGUCUGUCUUUCAAACGCAAUUGGCUCACUAUAAGAAAACAGUCGAGGCAUUGAAACUUGAAUUAAUGAAUCACGCCGAAGCGCAAAAGAUUGCUCAAUCUGAAGUUCAAUUGUACAAAUCAAAACUCGACGAAGUGAGAUUUGAAGCAGAAAACGAGCAACGCAUGCAAAGUUUACAGUUUCAAAAAGAAAAAGAAUUAUUGAACGAGCAAAUCAGAUUGCAUAAAAUUCAAUUAGAAGACAUUACGUCGAAGCAUAUCACAACGAUGAGUAUCUUGGAAUCUAAAGAGAGCAUCGAGCGUUCACUGGAACAAGCUCUAUCAAACGCUGCUGUGUUGAAGCAGGAGAACGAUGUUUUGAAAUUUAAACUUGACGAUUUGUCGUGCAGAUAUUCCACUGCGCAGUCGAUAAUCGAAAAUAGUCAAAUGCACGAAAGGACUCUAAGUGGUAGAGUGGUCGAACUAGAGAGAUCUUUGACGCGGUUUGACGCUACGAGUGUCAGCACGGUUAGUGAGCUGGGUGACACUAUGUACAAAACAUUCGAUGAGGAAGAUGUGAAGAAACAAUUAAUAAAGCAAAGACUUGAGGAAAAAACAGAGAUGGAAAAGUUGUUGGUUGAGAAAAUUCACGUACUUGAAGAUGAUUUGUUCAAAGCAAAAGCCGAACUAGAACAGGCUGACUUUGCCAAGGAAGCUUAUGAGAAACAAUUAAAAGACAUGAAGAAUAUGUGCGACAAAUUGCAACAGGAGGCUGCUUCGGUCAAUGCUUCCAUUCAAGGACAUUCAGAGAGCCUCUCAAUGCACAUUGAGAGCGAUUCAGUGCAAAAACUAAAAGAACAACAGAAAGAAAUCGAAAGUCUGAAGCUGUUAGUUGAACAGAAAGAAACGGAGAACGCGAGUUGUAAAAAAGACUUGGUUGAAAUGACGGAAAAGACGAAGAAACUAGAAGCACAAUGUGAACAAUUAAAAGAUGGUUUGGCUCAGGCGUGGGCUCAAUGCGCUGAAUUUGAAGAAAAAUUGAAUCAAAGUAUAGCGAUGAGCGAAAGCAGUAAAAUUAAUGUGUCUCUGAAUAGUACAACUUCGUCAAAACUUAAAACAAACGAAAGUUGGGAUGACAGUGCAUCUGAUCAAAAUUCAAUGUAUAAGAAGAAAGCUGCGCAGUCGAAUAACAGUUAUGUGAAGAAUGACAGCGAAAACUUGUACAAAGAGUUACAGCAAAUUAUGGAAGGCGAGUCGAGCUUAGAUGAGGUCAAGUUCAAGUUACAUCGCUAUUAUACAUUGUGCGAGAAAGUGGCAACAGAAAAAGCGCAACUUUUAGCAGGAAUAGUUAUUUCACAACAACAACAACAGGAGACCAAAGACUUACUAAGAUCUUCGAACAGCUUACGAAUGGAAAAAGAACUAUUGAGUCAGAGAAUUGAGAACAUAGUGAGUCGAUAUAAAGAAGAACUAGAAUCCGUUAAAGCAGACUCUGCUAAAGAAAUCAAAAGACUUCAUAUAUUGCUACAAAAUAUCAAGGAUGGCGAUGCAAACUUGAACGAUCUAAGAACUGAGCUCGAGACACAUCAUGCUAAAGAAAUGGAAGAACUGAGAACAUACUUUGAGAGGAAGUGCUUGCAAAUGGAAAAACAAUAUUCAGAGGAAAUUUUUAGCCAACAAUCGAAACGUAUUUCCGAUAAUGACAGUGAAACUGAAGAGUUGACUGAUGAUCUUUAUUUUGGUGGUGCUGGUGAUUGCUUAAACGUAUCCAACUCACGAGCAGCAACGCCUGGUGCGAUCGAAGAAUCUCUAAAAAUUUUAGAUGUUGAAAAUCAAGCACAUCUCGAAUCAGAAUUCGAAAGUAGUAUCGAAGUGUUGCGACAGGAAUUGGAACACAAAAUCAAAGAAAUACAAAAUAUAAAAGCUGAUCAUGAAAAAGCAAUCAAAAAGCAAAAAGAAUUUUACGAGUGUCAAAUUCGCGAUAUGGAAGCAAAACUAGAACGCUCAUUAGCUGUUUCUACCGUUCAUCAGCAUUGUCAAACAGAAUGGGAAGCAUUGGAGAAUGGUGAAUUGUCGAGUUUGCGUGAUGCGUAUAAUCAUCAACUCGAAGAACAGAUUGCGCUAGCUAAACAAGAUAUUGUCAACGCACUUCAAGAGCAAUUUCAGGCAUUAUUAGAGUCAGACAAAGAAGAAAAUUGGCCACUCGAGUUGUUGGAAUUACGAGAUAAAUUUACAAGCAACGCUAAGCAAGAAAUCCAAGAAUUAAAAAAAAUGCAUUGCGCUGAAUUAGCUCGUCUGAAAGAUGAACAUAAUAGUGUUGUAGCGCAAAUAUUUGAACAACAUAAAAAAGAAAUCAACAAUCUUAAAACAAAUAUUGAGAAUGUAGAUAAUAAACAGGAAACUAACUAUGUCAGAUCUUCAGACAAAAGCAUCGUAGUUGAAAGAGAUAAUUUGUACAAAUUAUGCAUAAAACUCAAGAAUUUUCUUGGAGAAUUACUUAACUACUUUUCGGACUGCGAAGAAGAAGUUAACAACACACUGAUCAAUGAAGUUUUGAAAAAACAACUAACAGAAUCCGUUUGCUGUGAAGGAGAUUUAAACAAAACUGAUAAUGCCAUUGUAUCUGAAGUACCACAAAAGGAUUUUUCCGAUCAAACAAAGCAACUGAUCAAACGAGUCCAUUUUGUACCACAAUCUAGCAAAAUAACUUCCAUUGUUAACAGCGACGACAGAACGCUGCAAAGCUUAAUAGAUGAAGAUGUAGAUGAGAUACUGAAAAAAGAGCUGAAGACUUGUUUGAGACGCUUAAAGACAGAUAACAUGCGAAUUCUUAAUCUUUCGUUAACAGACGGCGAAAAAAAAACUGCAUCGCCAUCAAAGGAAUCUUUUUUAGAUGAAAAAAGUAAUGAAGAGCUUUCUUUGAAAUUAAGCCACGCUGAAGCAUUGAUAAUAGGCUAUCAAGAAAAGACAGAACAGCUAAAAUUGCAUAUUUUAGAACUGCAGCAAAAAUUGAUUGAUGCAGAAAACAAAAAAGAAAUUAUUACUGAAGGAUAUGGCGAAAGUGACCUUUCUAGAGGCGACGUUGCAUUACAAGACUUGUCGCAAUUACAAGAAAAAGCUAGACACGUAUUAUCAAACGGCGGUGGCGAUACGUCUUAUUUACUGCAAUUAAUUGAAGAACUAUGCAGGCAGAAUGAUAAGCUUGUAGAUGACGCUAAAAGAGAAAGAGAAGAUUUACAACAACAGCAGGUAUCUUUAGAACCUACUCCUACCCCAUACAUUCACAGGGUUUGCUGCAAAAAGAUCGAAGCAGCGGACAAGCAGUUGCGAGCGACUCGUCGAUUCCUGGAUGAACAAGCGAGUGAACGCGAAAUGGAACGAGAUGAAGCCGCUAAACAAAUUCGCUUUUUGCAAGGGCAACUGAAGGAACGCGAGCGCGAGAAAGAAAGAGACAUGCGUAUUAGUUCAGAGCAGUCUGAGCCUGAAACAACAGACAUCCGUGAGCUUCAAACAACUGACACCAUUGCAGCUGUGGAGGCUCUCGAGUCUCAGAUGAGAGAGAUGUCAUCAUUAAUGUCCGAUACAGAAGCAAAGAAAUCAGAAAAAGAGAGUGAAUUAAAGGUGGCAGUGGAUAAAAUAUGGCUUUUACGAGAUAUUAUUGCUGAUUUAGAACAACAGUUGCAAGCUAAAACUGAAAAGGAGGAGUCGUUGCAAAUACAAAUUAGCCAGCUGGAAACUGUGAUAACUGCGCAGACAAAGAAUCAGCAAGAAUUAGUUCAAGAACUAGAUACUAUCAAGUCCGGUAGCGAGAGUAGACAUCUGAAUGAACAGAUUAAUCAUUUACAAGAAGAACUGAACAAGCACAAGUUAAGUUCGGAACACUUCAAUGUUAAUUCGUCCGUUUUGAAGCAGAUGAAGACAGAACUUCAUGAGAUGCAAAAUCAUUUAGACAAAAGAAUUCGAGAAUUAGAAUCUGCACACAUGUGCGCUUCGAAUCUGAGCUUGAGUCAGCCGAGUGAAGACGUCUCGAUCAGAGAACAAAUCGACGCAGCAAGGUGUCUUACUCCAGACGAUCCGUUCUCGCCACCUAUGCUACCGCUAGACCAGGUGCUCAAGUUAAAAGACAAAAUGCUGAAGCAUGCACGAGCGGAAGAUGUAGCCUUUAAGAGAAUCAAAGAUCUAGAGAUGCAGUUGCAAGCAAUAAAGAAUCAAAAUGAGGAAUUAUUGGCGGAACAAGAAAUUCUACAUCAAACGGCAUCCGAACAAUUGUUCCAAAUCGAAGCGAUGCGUGGUCGGUUGGAACAACACAAGCAAAGCGCUCCGUUUGCUCAAAAACAAGCAACAUCUCGAUUGGAGUUGCAGUUGCAUGAAGCAACUACAAAAUAUCACUCUUUGGAACAAAUCAUUACAAACAAAGAAAUUGAGAUAAAGGAAUUGAAAACUCAGCUUGAAAGGGCUAAUCAAAUGUUGGCAGAGAAAGAAACGGAAAUGGAGAAUCUUGUGGAAUUGGAAAACAGCGCGUUGCAAAAUCUGAAAGAUCAGUUGAAGCUCAUCCAGGAAGAAAAAAAAGUAUUGCAAAUGAAGCUUGGAAUGCAAGAACAUACUCAACUGGAAUUGCCACAACUAAUCGAUACCAUGUUAGCUGACAAAAACGAAGAGAUUGACCAUCUGAAGGAGCAGCUAUCAAAAAAGGAAAGUCAGUUGAAUGCCUAUUCAUCGCUCGUGUUAGACGACGUGCAAUUGGGAGAAUUAAUAACAAAACAAACGGAGGCAAAAAAUAGCGCGCGUACGUUGAGCGAUAUUCUCUCUAUUCAUUCCGAAUGUGAAGAACCCGAAGCCAUUCGUACAACUAACACAACGCAGAUGACAUCACACAACAUCUCCAGUUUCAGAUUACCAACGAUAAAAAAUACAUUAAAUACGAACAGUCUGAACACUGUCGAAACGGCUUUAUUCGAUGCAAACAAAAUUGACACAGAAGUCCCACCAUUAGAUUUGGAUUCGCACAGUCCCAGUAACGGUAUUCAUCACUCGGAAAUAGAUUUGCAUCGUAGUGAAUCGAAAUUGUCGUCUUCUAAAAAUAAUGAAAAUAUCAGUGACGAUUCUCAUCGAACUGAAGAACUGCUUAAUGAUAAGCUAAAGGAAAUUGAGAACAAGUAUGAGUUGGAGUUAACUUCCUUACAGAAUCAAUAUCAAAACUUGCAAGACGAAUUCAAGGAAACAGUUGAAAACUUAAUGCAAGAUAAGAACUUCUACAAGAGCCAAUAUGAACUGGCUCUUGUAUCAGAGAGUAAAAUCAAGAAAGAUCUGGAGGAAGUAGAAAACAUUCUAAAGUUAAAAGAAAUUGAACUCGAUGAUUAUAAAGACAGAAUCCAGGUGAACGAGAAGAUUAUUACCGAGUUGAAUUCAGAGAAUACGAAGCUGAAGAGAGAAGUAGAAAUCAGAGAAAAGGAUCAGAUGAAGAAGAGUUCGUUAUUACACGAGAGCGUGCAGGAACUGCAAAGAUUCAAGGAACUUGUACUGGAGAAAGAUAUCGCAUUAGAGACUUUGCAGACUCGCAAUAUUGAAAUAGAAAAUGAAAAUAAACAAUUAUACGAUUUCAAGACGAAGGUUUACUCGCGGGAUCGUGAAAUCAUCGACAUGCAAGACGAGAUCCUGCGACUAAGAGACGGUCUGAACAAUCGGGAUCAAGUAAUUUGUAAACUAGAAGAGAUGGCGAGACAGACGAGUGACAUUCAAUCGGGAGCUUCGUCACCGUUAUCUUCUAGCAACAAAGAUCAAGAAAUUCAUCAUCUGCAAGAGUUCCUAAAGGAGAAAGACAAAGUGAUCAGACAGAUGAGCGAUGACAGCAAGAGUCUUCAUCGAGCAUUGGAGACCAUUCAGAACAAAAUGAAGGAAUCGGGUAAUGUGGUGGAGUUAAGAAGAAAAUUGAAGGAUGAGCGAAAACUGAACGAGGAAUUAAGGGAAAUGGUGCAGAGGUUGCAGAAAGAAUUAGAGUUAAAGGAUGUGUCUGCGCAACGCUCACAGGAUGAUAGUGAUAUCGAAGAUAUGGUCCAACGAGAAUUAAAUCUUUCCGCUAGACUAGAUAAGCAACUUAUGCAGGUUAUUAAAACCGAUUCGGGAGAAGUCACGGGAGGAAGAGAAGAGCAUCGGAUGAGAUUAAAUGAGAUUCGUGAUGACAACGAAGUACUGAGAAGACUGAUGGAUGAGCUAGAAAUCGAACGAGACAUCAUGAAGAACAAGAUCGUUGAGUACGAAAAUCGUAUCUUGCAACUGAAAUCGGAUUUGACAGAGAACAUGAACAAGAUAGUCAAGCUCGACAACGAACUCGCCUCAGAAAAAAACACGGUAAAGUACUUGAGGAUGCAGAUAGAGCAGCAUCGUCAGAUGACAGAAGCGGGACGUAGUCAGGAUACCGAAUUAAUCGAAUUCCUUCAGAAAAAGUUGAAAGAUUCUCUCGAAAACGAGGAAAAGCUUCGUAAUGAUCUGACGUCGAUGAGACAGCAACAUAUUAACCUGGAUUCACAAUUACUAUCCAUGAGAAAAUUGAUAGAAGCUCAAGCUGAAAACGCUAGUAAAAACUUAUCGAACUUUGUUGCGCAAGAUAAGUCAGAGAGUGAAAAUACCGAAGAAGGACGUGAGAACAUUGCAGAAUUAAAAGAAACUAUUAAAAGAUUAGAGAACAAGAUAAGUAAAUACGAGAAACAAUUAGAAAUUGCGGACGAAGAACGGGAAAGUUUGAUCAGCAGUUUAGAGUUAGCCAAUGGAAUGAAGGAAAUCUUAGAGACGAAUCUGCGAAGGACUGAAGAGGAGUUGAAAGCGCGUGAGGUGGAAUUCGAUUAUCUGCAGAAACAAAUAAAGAUGAUGAAAGAUACUGAAAAUAAGAAACAAGAGCAACGAGACGCUGAAGUAGUUGAGGUCAAAAAUCUGCAUAAGGAGAUUAGCACUGCCCGAGAUACCAGAACAGAUUUGGAGACUGACAUCAGUCUUACAAAGCAGGAAUUUAAAAAGUAUUCAGAACGAGAACUAAAGUUUUCGCGCGCAAUAGAAUCUUUGAAAGAAAGAGUAGCGGAACUCAAUAAAGAACUGACAGUUUCGAAAGAAAAGGAAAGAAAAAUGAUAGAGUUAAUUGAAAAUCUGCAGACAAGAAGAUUAAAAGGAGAAGAAGAUAUGAGAAUGUUAAGUGCUAGAGAUAUCUCGAGUGUCAUGCAGAAAAACAAAGAAUUAAUUGAGAAAAUUGAAAAAUACGGUGUCGAGAAAAAUAAUCUUGAAGAUAAACUUGGUAGAAUGCUACACGAUAGGGACUUAUUGAUGCAUCGUGUAAAGCAGCUUGAAGGACAGUUGAUGAAACUAAAGACUACACAAAUUUCAAGCCAACAGACAGUUUCUUUCGAAAGGUUGCAAACUUUUUAUGGCAAAUAUUUACGUGUGGAUAGCAGAAGAAGAGCAUUGGCGUAUCAGAAGAAGUAUUUACUGUGCAUCGUCGGUAGUUAUCAGUAUUGUGAAGAGAAUACACUAUGGGUGCUCGCACAAUUGACUCGAGAUCAACGUUCUUACACGCGGCAGUCGCGUAGUAAAAAAGUGCGCUUUAGAAUUGUCGUAUUCACGAUAAUUAGUAUACGAAGGAUGAAAUGGUUGAUUCAACGUUGGCGAACAGGAAAACGCGCCGGUGCUAACGCUAUCAUGGGUAGUAUCGAACAAUUAAUCGAUUUGUCGCCUAUCAGAAAUACAGCAUCAAAUCAUUCUCCACCUGUCAGAGAAAGAACAUUGAAUUUUAGUGGAGGUAAUGAGGGACGGAGCAGUUUUAUGGAACAGUAUUAUCCAGAACUAAGAAAUUCUCAAGAUAUAUGCGAUUCCGUUAUGCCGGAGUCUGGCUCUAGUCAUUAUAUCCCGGAAUAACAGUAUCUGUAUACUUUUAGUAUCUGUAAAAGUUUAACUGUACAGUGUUAGUAUUACGAAUAUCGCAUAAUUGUUUGAACGAUGCAUAGUAUAAAUCGUGUUUUUUAAACUGACUUAGUAAAUUCCGUAGAUAAUUUUUAAGUUUUUUAAACACUAGAGAACACGUAACAUUGAUUGGUCUUUUUAUCUGUGAACUUUCUAAAUUUUUUAAAAUAUAUUGAAAAAAUCAAGUUUUUAUUUGCGUUUUAUAUAGAUAUUUAUA